AUGGCCAACCUCAACUGCCCCAAGUGCCAGUUCGACCAGAACCUGCCCAACUCAGCCUUCUGCUCCCGCUGUGGCGGCCCCAUGGGCCAGACCCCGGGCUACCAGGCGCCGCCGCCGGUCGCGCAGGCCGUGCCGGUCCCGCAAGGCCAGUACCAGGGCCAGCCGCAGUACUACGCACAGGGCGUCCCGGUUCAGCAGGCGCGCCCCGACUACGUCGUCGUCCAGCCGGCCAUGGUCGGCCAAGUCGUCGUGAUGCCCGGCCAGAUGCUCACGGUCGAUGGCUACUGCGCCCACGCCGUGCAGUCGAAUGAAUUUACGCUCUGCGGUAUCGUGCUCGGCAUCCUCUUCUUCCCCGCCGGUAUCCUCUGCUGCCUCUUGCUCACGGAACGCAAGUGCGUCCAUUGCGGCGCCGUCCUCAGCUAA